CACUUUCCUUGACAGAAUGUUAGUUUUAGGUUCGGCUUUCAGUGGUUUAUGAAUUACAGUUGUGUUGAAUGUUUCUUCGCAACAAUACUUUUGAUUUAAGAAGGUCUUCAAGAAUGUUCUCCAUGAAGUAGACGUGAAUACAACGCCGGUCAACGUACGUAAUCAGCGCAAUCGUAUCAAUCAUUUUGUCGAUUAUCGGUCGACCAGAACGUGUGGUUGUGGGUUCACUGUUCGCUAGUUCCCGGGCUCGAUUGCUCAUGUUGUGUAAGCAGAUUGUCAGUCGGAAUAAAACGUUGCUUUGGUGAGAAGCAACGAGUAAUUUGCUUCUUGUUGUUUUGCUCGCAGUAAAGCUCAUAGAGCGUGCCAUUUGCAUCAUGUCCGGGGAUUGUGCAGUGUCGUCACGAAAAGUUUUAUCGAUUCAAAGUCAUGUUGUGCACGGGUACGUGGGGAAUAAGAGUGCGACCUUCCCGCUACAGGUUCUCGGAUUUGAAGCGGAUGCCGUUAACUCCGUUCAGUUCUCUAAUCACACUGGCUACAAAUGCGUAAAAGGACAAGUCCUUCAGGAAAAGGAGUUAUCUGAUCUUAUAGAAGGUCUAAAAGCAAAUGACAUUCUUCAGCAUUAUACCCAUCUUUUAACCGGCUACAUUGGAAGCGCCACUUUUCUGACCGAAAUCGUAAAGACAGUCGAAAAAUUACGACAAGCAAAUUCGCAACUAGUUUAUGUGUGCGAUCCGGUGCUGGGUGAUGGCGGAAAAUUGUACGUUCCUGAGAAUCUUGUGCCUAUCUAUCGCGAGCAAAUCAUUCCUCUUGCGAACGUUGUUACUCCUAAUCAGUUUGAAGUUGAACUUCUAACACAAACAAAAAUAACUAAUGAACAAGAUGUUUGGUCUGCGAUGGAAUGGUUCCAUAGUCGGAAUGUGAAUAUUGUAGUUGUAUCGAGCACUGACUUUGGUUCAUCUGAUAUUUUACGAGCGUAUCUUAGCGUCAAGGAAGGUGGCAAAUAUGCUAUGGACAUUCCACGACAAGGGGAUGGGACUGACUUUACUGGAACUGGCGACCUUUUCGCUUCUCUUUUAUUAGCUCAUAUCUCACUGCAAAAAGACCCAGUGAAGGCUUUUGAGUACACUGUAUCAACCUUACAACAUACCAUAAAAGCAACUUUAGAUGCACUGCCCAAAGAUGUAAAAGACGGAAAACGGAAAAUGAAUGUUUUCGAAAAGGAAUUGAAACUAGUACAAUGCAAACGUUUUAUUGAGAACCCCACGACAACGAUUAAAGCACAUUGCAUAUCGAAAUAAAGUUAUAUCUGAGGAAUGUAUAAUGUAUACUGGAUCAUAUCUUUUCGAUUUCACUGUGACAAUAAUGAAUGGAUGACUUGCCUAGCUUGUCUUUAGUACUUAAGCUGUUUUGCUCACAUAUAUAUUGUGCAAUAUUGCAAUUUUGUUGUGCUUUUGUAGAAGAAUGAACUGCAACAGAAAAUUAAAUUUAUAUUAUCAGAGUAAUCUCUCGUGUUAGAACCAGACAAACAAAUGAUCUUCCAUUUACAAAAACCACGAUAGUGGUUUAAAACUUCUUGUCGAUGUUUUAGAUAAAUGUUACCUUAAAGAAUAAAUAUAGAAUUAUAUGUGUCGUUUAAA